AUGUCCUGUCAGCAGAAACAGCAGCAGUGCCAGCACCCUCCCAAGUGCCCCUCACCCAAGUGUCCCCCAAAGAGCCCAGCACAGUGUUUGCCUCCCGUCUCUUCCGGCUGUGGCCACAGCUCCGAGGGCGGCUGCUGCCUGAGCCACCACAGGAGCUGCAGAUCACACCGGUGCUGGCGCCAGAGCUCCGAGGCCUGUGACAGUGGCAGUGGACAGUCCGGGGGCUCUGGCUGUGGCCACAGCUCUGGGGGCUGCUGCUGA